AUGCACAGCGCUGUUCAACGACAACCAAAGCUCAUUUCUAUUUACCAGCAAUUCUUUGAUGGAAAACUACCAAAGGACGCCGAAUCUGAUCAAAAGAGGUUCUUCACCGAUUUAUUCUGCCUUGAUUGGCUGCCCAGUCACCGUCUCUGGUUCGCAACUCAAUUCGAUCAGUUUGAAUCAACGAGGAUUGAAAAGGAUCUUCAGCCUAUAAUCACUCUAUUCUUUACUAUGUCCUUGGAGUUCUAUCAAAAGAGUUCCUUCGAUGAUCCUAGAAAGCUCAACGCUUUACACACAAUGGUUUUACUCUCAAAAACUGUUAUCUCAAAGCUUAAGAUAUCUACAAACAUCACCCAAGCUCUUUGCGGCAAUGGACAUAGCGACAAAACAAUAUCUGACUUAGUCGCAGCAAUCGACAACACCCUUAAAUACCCCGAAGCUAACUCUGCCACAAUUCAUCGCACUUUACACUUGACAAUUCUUUUUGUUUGUGGUGUUAAUCAAGGUGCUAUAGGUGCCUUCUUUCAAAGACGUGAUCUCUUCAACUCACUCAUCAGAAUCAUUUCCUCCCCUCCGACUACUGGUUUCACUUUUGAGGCCACUCUCUUGAUAGGCGUUUUAUCCAACUAUCACAAAGCUCAAGCUCAAAAUCUCAACAGAUACCUACGUCGUGUGCGUGAUUUUGUUGAGACAGACGUCAUGAAAAAGAUUAUCUUGAUAACGAGCACUGCAAUGGAAAAAUGCAUCAGUGAAUAUCACACCAGACUACCUGCUAAGUCUAUCUCCAACUCAAUAAUGUCAAUAUUGCCCUUUUCAAACAAUCAUGAUGAUUCCAAUAUAUCAAAAGAAGUGUAUGGUGAUUUACCUGCCAACGUGACAGCCAUUCUACUGCCAUUUUUCGAGUUCAUUAAUGCCAACUCAAUAUUUUCAGGUUUGCUAUGCGAGGUUUUGAUUUACAGUCAACCGCCAGGUGAACCUAACGCUCCAGUAACUCUACUUUCCGCACUUUCGUACAUCUUCACACAUGCAUCCGCCAAUAAGCGUGCACAAGCAUAUGCUUCGUUAGGUUUGUACACCGUCUCAGCCUUAGUAGAGGCAGAUGAAUGCGCAGAGGUACUUCUCAAACCAACCUCCUCAAACUCUUCAGGUAAGAGCGCGCCAUCUUCAGUGCCACAAUCACCAAAGAGUCAGCCUUUACAAUCCAACGGUACUAACACACCGUUAACACCAAAUUCCGCAGCACCAGUUAUAGACAAUAGACGCAUAGACAUAUGUAGGCAGCGGAAGCCUCAACUACCAGUACCGAAAGCAUAUAGACCAAUGAUGGAGUCAGUGUUGGAUUGCUGUACAAUAUACUUGAGAUUCAAUAUACCCAAGCCUGCAGAGAAGGAGGAGUUUAACAUUGAGAACUCAUUAAUUGCAGUACAUAUCAUUAAUCGUGCGCUCUGGCAUAUUCAGCGAUUGCAGGCGAGCUUACAAUACCAUUGGUAUGAAUUAUGGUCUACUCUAUCUAACACUCUGGAACUAUUGAUCAAGAACUGGAAGUCAAUCUCCGCGUCUUCUUUCAAAGAGACACUAUUGAAUGACAUUGCUUUCACUCUGGUAUCUGCAAUCAGACUCGGGCACAGCUACUUACCCAAUGCCUCCUCGUAUCACUAUCUCCUUCUUCCAGUCGUGCGCAUGACGACGCUUACACAGGGUAAUAUCACAACUUUGCCAGCGUCACAAGCUUUAGGCGCGCUUCAAGCGACGCACACAAACCUGAAGAAUACCCUGCCGCCCGCAGCACUGAGAUCUGAUCCACUCGCCGUCAGAACAUUUUUAUCACAGUCGACCAAUGAGGUGCUCAAUAGAAUGGAGCGGGAUGUCCCGUGCGAGAGUAUCGGCGAGGAGCCCGCCAAGACUAUACAAAAAUUCGAUAGCAACUUGGCUGAUUCGCUUAAAGUCGGUUUACAAGUUGUUUGUAAUGAUUCUAUCAGUAUUGUACCGAUUUGA